AGGCGAACACUGAAGCCAGCGCUGCACUUCCAUGAGGAUGACAUGCUCUCAGAAGAGCACAGGACGCUGUUUUGUUAAGGGAAUUAAAGGAGGAUCAAAGGCGAUUCUACAAUGUCAGGGUUGCUGAUGUUGCCAUCUACAUCGCUUUCAAUUCAGCGCUGCCUCGCCUUCUUAGCUUAUUCAUAAGGAGUCGCUGUCAUCGUGACGAUCGAUUGGCUGCAAUGAUAAUGAAUCACUUCCUCUGGCUGCUUCCACUGGUCUUUCCGCACCUGAGCUCUCCAGUCAUACUGCUAGAGAGGAAUGAUGGGAAUCUCUUUCACAACUGGAGCUAUCAGAUGAAAGGAGAUAAAAUGGUGCUGCACAGAUCCAAAAGGGACUGGAUGUGGAGGCAGUUCUUCCUGUCGGAGGAAUACAUGGGAAAUAACAAUCAGUAUGUCGGCAAGCUUCGCUCAGACAAAGACAGAGGCGACGGCACUGCCAGAUACGUUCUCUCUGGGGAAGGAGCAGGCACAGUUUUUCGUAUCGAUGAGAAGUCUGGGGAUUUACAUGCUACACAGAGACUGGACAGAGAGGAAAAGUCCUCUUACACACUGCAGGCCCAGGCUUUCAACAGGAUCACGGGCCUCCCCCUGGAGCCUGCCACUGAAUUCAUUGUCAAGAUACAUGACAUCAAUGACAACGAGCCCAAAUUUACCAGGGCUGUCUACGCUGCCAGUGUACCUGAAAUGUCAGACGUCGGUACUUUUGUAAUAGAAGUCAAUGCCACUGACGCAGAUGAUGCCACAUAUGGAAACAGUGCUAAACUUGUGUACAGCAUCCUGCAAGGGCAGCCCUAUUUCUCUGUGGAGCCCGAGACAGGAAUUGUCAGAAUAGCUCUUCCCAAUAUGGACCGGGAAGUGCGUAAGGAUUAUCAGGUGGUUAUACAAGCCAAGGACAUGGCAGGACAGAUGGGUGGUCUGUCAGGAACCACUAUGGUCAACGUCACCCUUACAGAUGUUAAUGACAGUCCGCCUCGUUUUGCUUACAGUUCUUACCACCUAAGCACUUAUGAGUCGGCAGAAAUCGGAUCAACUGUGGGCCGAAUCAAAGCCAAUGAUGGCGACGAAGGAGAAAAUGCUGAAAUGAAAUACAGAAUAUUUGAUGGAGAUGGGAAAGAAUAUCUGGAUAUAAUUACAGAUGAGAUUUCCCAAGAGGGUGUCAUCGUCAUCAAAAAGAAAUUGGACUACGAAACCAGGCGCAUUUACACUGUGAAAGUGGAGGUGUCCAACACACACCAGGACCCCAAUUUCUUUCACCUGGGCCCUUUCUCAGACACUGCCAUUGUGAAAGUCACUGCCAGAGAUGUAGAUGAGCCUCCAGUCUUCAGCAGGACUCAGUACGUCUUUGAGGUCAAUGAGGACACACCGAAAGGAACAGUAAUUGGAACUGUUACAGCCCGCGACCCCGAUGCCACAGAUUACCCAAUCCUAUACGCAAUAGAUCAGCACACAGACCCGGAGAGACUCUACCACAUCGACCCCAAGAAUGGAUCCAUCACAAUUCUUAGGUCUCUUGACAGGGAGGUGUCAAAGUGGCACAAUAUCUCAGUUCUGGCCAGUGAGAUGAAUAACCCUCACCAAAGGAGCCGUGUUCCUGUCUUGAUAAAGGUUUUGGAUGUGAAUGACAAUGCACCAGAGUUUGCCAUGAUUUACGAGACGUUUGUUUGUGAGAAUCUUAACGCCGGGAAGAACAUACAGACUAUCAGCGCCAUUGACACAGACGAUCCUCUUGUGGGCCACAAAUUUGUAUUCAGCUUGAGUUCGUUGAAUCCAAACUUCACCAUCUUUGAUAAUGAAGAUAACACAGCCAAAAUCCUGACCAGAAGAAGUGGAUUUAACAGGCGUGAAAUGAGUGUCUACUAUCUGCCAGUAGUUAUCUCCGACAGCGACUACCCCAUCCAGAGCAGCACCAGCACAUUGACCAUUCGUGUGUGCAGCUGCGAUGCCACCGGCACCCUGCGUUCCUGCAGUGUUGAUGCGCUACUGCUCUCUUCUGGACUUAGCACUGGAGCGCUGGUGGCCAUACUGCUCUGCAUCCUCAUCCUGCUUAUGAUCGUGGUGCUAUUCUCGGCUCUGAAGAAACAGAGGAGGAAGGAGCCCCUGAUCAUCUCGAAGGAGGACGUCCGGGACAAUGUGGUCAGCUACAACGAUGAAGGCGGUGGCGAGGAGGACACGCAGGCCUUCGACAUCGGCACACUGCGCCACCCAGAGGUCAUCGAAAGCAACAAACUGCGGCGCGACAUCAUUCCAGAGAUGCUGUUUCCCUACCAUAGACCUUCACCCAUGAAGGAGUGCGCGGACGUCAGGGACUUCAUUAUCAGCAGACUGCAAGAAAACGACACAGACCCUUUCGCCCCGCCUUAUGAUUCGCUCGCAACUUACGCUUAUGAGGGAAAUGGAUCAAUCGCUGAGUCACUGAGCUCUCUGGAGUCAUCUCUCACUGAGGGAGACCAUGAAUAUGAUUACCUUUCUAACUGGGGCCCGCAGUUUAAGAAGCUCGCCGACAUGUACAUUGGAAAGGAUACAGGAGUCGCCAACUAGACUGACGGUGUGGUGACAUUCGUAUUCUCUGUAAGUACAUUCAGAGGCAUCACGUGAAAGAAGAAAGGGGAGGGGAAAAAAAAACGGAGAUUUCACACAUGAAGUCUUUUUCUUUUGUUUUUCUACAGCUGAAUUCGACUUUUUUUAUGAUGGGUUCAUUUCGUGGAUGGUGUUGUGGUAAGGUGAUUUUGUGUUAAUAGGAGAAGUGAUGGUGAUUUUGUUUUUGUUCACGAGUAGAAAAAAAACGGAGGGUGGAGCAACGUGAAUGGAUUAUUUUGUGACUUUUAAUACAUGGACAGUAAUGUAACUGCCUUUGUCUUGUGACAGACUGUAAAGGACUCUGCCCUGUUCCUCUUGGUUUGAUGAUGAUGAGGAGAAGGAACGAAUCUUGUGGAAUUCUGCAUCACACACCAUGAUGAAAAACAAAAAAGUAUGGCCACCUAAAAAUGAGUUGUCUUUACCUCCAUGACUUACUUACUUUCUUUCUUUACAUGUUUUAUUUACAUAUUUAUUUAUUUUAGAUUUAUAUAGAAUUAAAUGGGAACUACAGCUUUCAAACUUCAAAAAAGUUCCAAAAACAUUCUUAAAAAUAGUAUAAACAAGCUCUUUUUAAUUUCAUAGCUUUGUGUGGAAAAAAAGCCUUUAAGCUCAAUCAAUUAUAUCUGUUCAGAAUCAUUUGAUUCACUACACACAAUUAGUUGGAAUGAUUCUUUCAUACAUUGUGUUGAUUUAAAUUCUAGCAAGUUAAUAAUAAUGUUUUCAGCCUGUCAUGACAACAUAUUUGAUAGAAAAUUAAAUGCUGUCGGUAUCUUGUUCUGCAUAUUUUAUUUUUACAUAUUUUUUGUUUUAGUUGGCCCCUCAAAAUUAGUUAUUUAUUCAACUGC